AUGCAGAUCGUCAGCUUCUUGGUGAACUUUGGAGCCAACCUCUUCGCUCUGGACAAUGACUUCCACACUCCCAUGGACGUGGCCGCCUCUCGAGACCACAUGGACUGCGUCCGCUUCCUGGACACCGCUGCCGCCCAACAGACAGGCCAGAACGCUAAAAGGGUGGCGCGUCUGAAAGAACAGGCCACCAAAGAUGCCGAGCGCAGAGUGAAGCAGUGCGAACGCGUCAAGAAGAGACAUCAGAAUAAGAUGGACAAGAUGUACCGCAGUGGAUCUGUCUCGGAAGGAAGUUCCCUUUCCAGCUCGGGUACCUUGAGCAGCAUGAACGGAGAACAGUUCUCCAAACUCAUAGCCGCAGACACCAACGGAUCGAUCUCUUCUACGAUCAAGGGAACCCUCCAGCGCAAAUUUGGGAAGAAAGACAAAGAGACAGUGAGUAGACAAGGGGACGGCAAUGUUAUUUUUGUCAAACAAGACAGCGGCUCCCAAGAGAAACCUGGUUUUGUUGACGUCUUCAAUGAGCAGGAUGAAAUUCAGGAUGAUGAUGAUGACGAUGCCAAGAGAGAUUCAGACGACGAAGGAGCCAGUCUGGGCAAGUCUAUUUUCGAAAGACCUGGGCUUGGGAAAAUGGUGUUCCGCAGGAACUUCUCCAUGGAAAUGGCCAUGGACCAUGAAGACCUCCCCAGCGGCAAUGCAGAAGACCUAGGGUACCUCAUCCGUCAAGAGUUGUUUGAGACUGUGGAAGAAGGUCUGGAGGGUUUGGACAAGAAUUCAGAGCUUCCUUGGAAUGAAGAGGAGAUCGGUCUGGAUGAGCAAGAGGAGACCUCACACUUGGAUUCCUUCUUGGCGUCAAUUGGCCUGUUGGACUACGGUCCUGUGUUCACCCGUGAACACCUGGAUCUUGACGCCCUCAUGCUUUGCUCAGAUGACGAUCUUAAAGGCAUCCGCAUCCAGCUGGGGCCGCGCAAGAAGAUCCUGGAAGCGUCAGCUCACAGGAAAGCUGUGCUGGAGCAGCCUGGCGUUAUGAAGGACACCUUCCUUUAA